AUGGACUUGUUUUCGCGAGCGGCAAUCUGCCAUCUGACUGAGUUUGAUCUGCAAGGUUCAGCUAACACUGCCUGGGCGCUCUCUACCGUGCUGUUGGCCGACAGCUCUAUCUUUCCGGCAUUGGCUGACCUGCUGCUUAGCAGCCUCUUGCUUGACACCAGCAUGGCUUGCCUGGACCAUGUGGCGAACGAGUUGACGCACGUCUGUCAACUUGUUUGGGCAUUUUCCUUUGCAAGCUGCCUCUCGCAGAGACUUGGACAGAGACUGUACCGCACCUUGAUUGACACUGGGGCGAGACUGGAUUGCAUUCCUGUACAAGAUCUUGUGACAGGGCCCCCAUUAGAGACACGGUGCAAGGAGAUGACACCAGGAGGACCAACUUUAGCAAUGGAUUUGGAUGGCAUCAGUGUGGUCUUCAAGCCUCCAUACUGGGAAGUUGAUGCCAAGGGCCAGCUGUCCAGAAGUGGCCUGUACCUAUCUAAGUACCUGCAAGCGGCUCACCCAGCCUCUCCUGUCCUGCGGAUGGCUCGUUUUGAGUAUGGCUUCAUCCACCGCCUGGAUGUCCCAAGCUCCGGUCUUAUCCUGGCAGGGACCACUUUUCGGGGCCUAGCAGCACUUCAGUGGCAGAUGCAUACCUACUCAAUUUGUCGUGAGUAUGUCGUUCUGGUCGCUGGCAUGUUGCCUGCUGAAGUGCUGAAGAUCAGCGCCAGCGUCCAAGACUUUCUUGCUGGUCGCAGCUAUGUGAGCGAUGAUGGCCGACCCGCAGACACAGAGCUGAAGGUUCUUGAUCACAGCGGCGCCAGCAGGAGUGAUGAACGUCACACCCUCCUCAGCAUAGCCAUCUACACAGGCCGAAGGCAUCAGAUUCGCGUCCACGUCCAGUGGCAGGGCUACCCAACAGUCACCGAUGAGAAGUGCCUUUGCGCAAGCAGCAAGCAGUGA